AUGACUUUCCUUGCUACUUCUUUCUUUGUUUAUUUCAUUCAUUCUUUCUGUCUUUCUUUCUUUCUUUCUUUUCCUUGCUUCUUUUUCUUUUGUUUAUUUCAUUCAUUCUUUCUUUCUUUCUUUCUUUCUUUCUUUCUUUAUGACUUUCUUGCUUUUCUUUGUUUGUUUAUUUCAUUCAUUCUUUCUUUCUUUCUUUCUUUUCUUUUUCUUUCUUUCUUUCUUUCUUUCUUCCUUUCUUUUUCCUUGCCUUGCUACUUUUUUUUGUUUAUUUCAUUUCAUUCUUUUCUUUCUUUCAUUCUUUUUCUUUCUUUUCUUUUCUUCUUUAUGACUUUUUCCUUGCUACUUCUUUUUUUUGUUUAUUUCAUUCAUUCUUUCAGUCUUUUCUUUCUUUCUUUUCUUUCUUCCUUUCUUUAUGACUUUCCUUGCUACUUCUUUUUUGUUUAUUUCAUUCAUUCUUUCUGUAUUUCUUUCUUUCUUUCUUUCUUUCUUUCUUUCUUCCUUUCUUUAUGA